AUGGGGCUCAACAGUCACGACAACGAGAACGAGAAGGAAGAAUACGAGUUUAAUAUGAAACAACAGCGUGACACCAUGGCAAAUCGUGAUAAGCAAAUAGAGAACCUAAAAUCGGACCUGACCGGAUUGGAAGAUAAGUUGAAGAAGGAGCGUGAUCUAUUGAGAAGCUCGGGAAAGGAUCGGCUGGCGGAGAAAACAAAGCUGAUCGAGUGUGUGGCGAAAAUCCAGUCUUUGGAAGAAAAGUUGAAGGACAGUCAGCAGAAGCAGUGUCAGCUGAAUGAUCGCGUACGAGUGCUGUCGUCAGCACACAAUGGGAGACUGGAGCGAGAAUUGCACGAAGCUUUUGAUAAGUUGGCGAAAGCUAGAGCCUGCAACAUAACGGAAGCUCAGCUAAGUGAGAUGGAGAUUUUCCUCGAGAAAGAAUCGAAACCCAACAAGAAGUGCGCUGAGCAGAUGGAAAUUCUUCGAAAGCGCCGUACUGAGAAGGAUAACGACGUAUUAAAGACAAACGUUGGAGGACGGGGUGUAACAGUUACACCAAGGAGCUUGGAGAAUGCUGAAGAUGAUGAGGAUGCGGAGGAAGAAGACGAAGAUGAUGAGGGCUAUGAUAGUGGUAAGGAGUCGAACGAAUAUGGCUCCGAGGAGGAUAUUUUCGGGAAAUUGCGAGUAGCCACAAGAACACGAGUGAAAAGGAUGCACCGGCAGAACAAAAGGCGCCGUGCCCUCCACCGUAACGCAAUCGACGUUGCGUCGAUUCCAGGCAAAAGAGAAAGCACAGAAGAAAGCAUGGAAACCGAUUAG